AGUCUAUGAUCUAUGACGUUUCCAAUCCGACGGCGACGAUUGAGGCAUGUUCUCUUGGAAUUUGUUGAAUAGUUACUAAAUAAACUACCGGUAUUUGUUUGUGCUUAAUUUUCAUUAUUAUGACGACUACAUUUUCUUGUGUAUACGGUUUAUGAUAGUUUUCGUCUAAAGAUAUUCGUACGGAAGUCAGUAUUUUGGAACAUCACGUCAUGUCUGUCGUCUAUGCGGUUUGCGCAUUUUUUCUGUUGACGCCUGCGAGAGCGUUUUAUUUACCCGGUUUAGCUCCAGUAAAUUACUGUCGAGUCGGGGAAGACAAUGGGAAAUCAUGUAAGAAUGAAAUUCCUCUAUAUGUGAACAGAUUAAACACAGAGGAAUCUGUGAUCCCAUUUGAAUACCAUCAUUUUGAUUUCUGCCUCUCUGAUGAGACUCAAUCACCAGUUGAAAACCUGGGCCAAGUGGUCUUUGGUGAGAGAAUACGACCAAGUCCUUACAAAAUCAACUUCCUUGAUAAUGUUGGCUGUAGGGCUUUAUGUCAACGUACUUACAAGGCAUCAGACCCUGAGUCUAUCAAGAAAUUAAAUUUGUUAAAAAUGGGAAUGGCUCUUUAUUAUCAACAUCAUUGGAUAUUGGACAACAUGCCUGUGACAUGGUGUUAUUUGGUGAAUGAUGGAGGCAAAACAUACUGCAGUACUGGUUUUCCCAUGGGCUGUCAAAUUCGCAGGGAUAUGGACACAUGUGCUCCGAUUGUGAAUACAAAACCAUACAAAGUGGGCACAUAUUUCUUGUUCAAUCAUGUGGAUUUGGAGAUUACAUAUCACAGUGGUAGAGAGGAGGAAUGGGGAGUUGGAUUCGGGGAAAAUGGUGGCCGAAUCAUUUCUGCUAAGGUAAAACCAGCAAGCAUUGAUCAUCAAAAGGCGGGCAAAUUGGAUUGCAAUUUCCAAACCCCAUUGGAAAUUCCAAACACACUUAGUGGUGACGACAUUGUUGUAACAUACUCUUACAGUGUGACCUUCACUCCCAAUAAUUCCAUUAAAUGGUCGUCAAGAUGGGACUACAUCCUGGAAUCUAUGCCCCAAACCAAUAUACAAUGGUUCUCUAUAUUGAAUUCGCUUGUAAUUGUAUUGUUUCUCAGUGGAAUGGUAGCUAUGAUACUUUUACGAACACUUCACAAGGACAUAGCGAGAUAUAAUCAGAUGGAAUGCGGAGAAGAUGCUCAGGAGGAGUUUGGCUGGAAAUUGGUACACGGGGAUGUGUUCCGACCGCCGCGUCGCGGUAUGUUGCUUGCAGUGUUCCUUGGUUCAGGAUCUCAAGUGUUUGGCAUGACAUUGGUGACUCUAGCAUUUGCGUGCCUGGGCUUCCUCUCGCCCGCCAACCGCGGCGCUCUCAUGACGUGCGCGCUGGUGGCGUGGGUGCUGUUAGGAGCCGCCGCUGGCUACGUGAGCGCCAGGAUAUAUAAGAGCUUCGGUGGCAGGAGGUGGAAGAGUAACAUACUUCUUACGUCUAUGGUGUGCCCUGGCGUGGUGUUCUCUCUGUUCUUCAUCAUGAACUUGGUGCUGUGGGGGAAGGGCUCGUCGGCGGCGAUACCUUUCUCCACGCUGGUGGCGCUGCUCGCGCUCUGGUUCGGGGUAUCUGUGCCGCUCACCUUCAUCGGCGCUUACUUCGGAUUUAGAAAGAGGAUCUUGGAUCACCCAGUACGCACAAACCAGAUACCGCGCCAAAUACCCGAGCAGUCACUGUAUACGCAGCCCAUCCCUGGCAUAGUGAUGGGCGGCGUACUGCCCUUCGGAUGCAUCUUCAUACAACUGUUCUUCAUUCUCAAUUCCCUUUGGUCCAGUCAGAUGUACUAUAUGUUUGGUUUCCUGUUCCUCGUGUUUGUGAUUCUUGUGAUCACCUGCUCCGAGACAACGAUUCUGCUGUGCUACUUCCACCUGUGCGCCGAGGACUAUCACUGGUGGUGGCGGGCGUUCCUCAGCUCCGGCUCCACAGCCGGCUACCUUUUCAUUUACUGCUGUCACUACUUCGUCACUAAACUAAACAUCGAGGACGCGGCCUCCACUUUCCUCUAUUUCGGAUACACUUUCAUAAUGGUAUUCCUAUUCUUCUUACUAACCGGCACUAUUGGAUUCAUGGCGUGCUUCUGGUUCGUAAGGAAGAUUUACAGCGUUGUGAAAGUCGAUUAAAUUCAGUGUGGUACUAAAUGUAAGAUACAAAAGUAUUGGUACAGCGGUGAUGCGUGGCGGUGAUGAAAGUUUUGCUUCAUCAUUUAUUUUAAAUUUAUUGCUCACGUUGAUCGCACUGAUAUCAUCGUUAGUCAUGGUAAUGAUCAAUCGAAACUUUCAUCUAUGAUGUUAGGUCCAUAUUUGCGUCAACACCGCAUUUCCUAAAUAAUGGAACGUCAUACAUUAUGUAUUAGACAUGUAUUUAUACCGUUUUAUACAUGUUGAGAUACAUGUAUAAAACUUAUUAAUGUUUGUGUGGAUAUCAUGACAAUCGUUUCCAAAAAAUACAUAUCGCAAAUACGAUAUGUACGAUAUUUUGGCGGAAUCUGGGAGUCAAGUGAUAGUAUGUCUAAUGUGAUGGUUAAUUUAACAUGUGUAAAUGUAUUUGCAUUUGGAGUGAUAAAUUUACCAUUACAUGUCAUAUAAACUUCGUGAGUUGGAAUUUUACUCUGUUUACCAGAUCUUUAUGUUUGUGCACAUUCUACAAAAUUGAAGACGACCAUUCAUCCGCGUUAAAUAAUUUCUUUUGUAAUGUCAAGAAUAUAGUGAAUAGUGGGGUCGAUUCUCGUAAAAACAAACCACUCAUUACGAGUAGCGUAGUCCUAUGCAAAUUUUAUAUUAAUAUACUUGUCAAUCAACAAACAAAAUGUUCCUGGAAAUGGAAUCAGGUAGGUGUCCUUGUGUUGUGUUAAGUUUAUUAACUAUUAAUAAAUUAUGCAAAAUAUUGUAAAUUAGAUAUUAUACAUAAUUAAAUAUUAUAAAAUAUUUAAUACGAAAACGAUUUGAUGACAUUACGUUUGAAAGACUUUAGAAUCAGCAUCAUUCAAGAAUUAGAAUAAGAACGUAUAAACGAUUGUAACGCUACGAUGCCAUUGGGGUUUAUUACGGGAAUUGAGCUCUAUAUUUAACGUCUAAUCAUAUUUAAUGUCAUCAACAAUCACAUUAGGUGUUAGAAAGGUAACACUUGUAUAUUAUGCGUUAAUCAAUAUCGUAAAUAUGGCCCGAGCAUUAUAUACAAGUUUGCGAUGUACGUUUAUAUCCGUAAAGGAUUCGAAUUUAUGGUAGCUACAAGGAGCUAGUUGCAAUAGGGAUGCGAGAGCUAUCAUAAUCACUAGAGACUGCUGUACGCGAUGUGAUUUUAUGUAAAAAAAAAAAUGAAAGUUUAUAUCGAAAUUAAAUCGAUAAGUCACGUAAAAUUUUUUAGUUGUCAAUUUGUUUUCAUAUUGUUAGUUGUUAGAUGUAAAUAAGUUUAUGUAAAAGAGAAAUCUUAAUCGAAUUAUUUAUUGUUUGUCCUCGAUUCGUCUGCACAAUCGAUAUCUGUAGUAAUGAUAAGACGAUAGAUCCAUAGACAGAGUAUUAACAUCAAAAGGCCGUACUUAAAACGUCAAUUUGAUAAAAAUGAAAUUUAAAUUAUAAUAAUUUUUUUAAUAUUAUUUCGGAAUACAUAAGGAUCCUAAAGAGACUGACCACUUUGUAAUUGGAAUAGUGUAACAAAUUUUAGCAUAACAUAACAAGAUGUUUAUAAGUUGUUGAUGUGUUCUGAUAUCAGACUCCAUUAGUUCAUCUUCAGAAGUGAAAUAUGUAAUCAGAAUAUUUUAAUUACAAAUUAACAGACGCCACUGAUUUAAGAAACUCAAUGCCAUCAUUAUAUCAGCUAUUAACUGUCCACUACUGGACAUGGCCUCUCCCUAUAGAUUGCCAUAAAAAACGGUCCCCAUCCACCUGCAUUCAUUGACGCCCUGCAAUGUAUUUGAGGUCGUCGCUCCAUCUAGUAGGGGGUCGUCCUACACUAUGUAUGCUUGUACGGGAUCGCCACUCAACCUUCCCCAUCGGUUGAAGGUUCUUCGAGCUAUGUGACUAAUUGAUUGCCACUUCAGCUUGUUUAUCCUUCGGCUUAAUGGUAGACAAUUAUGAGGCAUAUAGAUUAUAUGCUUGAAGUACAAGCAUGUCAAAUGUUACAUUCAAUGGUAACAAUAACAACAUGUCUCUGACUACCCGAUUGGGAUUAUAGUCGUGAAAUCAUAUUUAUAUUUAAGUAUUAUUCAGAUAUCACAAGAUCUACCGAGCCAUACAACUUAAGUCUUUAAACUUAACCACACAUUGACUGAACUGUAAAAUCAAUAAAUUUAUAGAGUACCUACAUCAAAAGUAUAUAUAUAUAUAUAUAUAUAUAUAUUAGCUUCGGGGGUUGCCAUGAUAAAAUUAUAAAGUACUUGUAAUUUUUUUUUAAAUACCACGAAUUUUAUUUCACUUUUUUUUGUGAAAAGAACAUCUAUUAUGGUACAUUAUUCACUAAGGGAAAGUAAGAGACUAUCACUUUAGUUAUGAAUCGUGCUUUAUCCCAAAUGAUAGUGAUUUCAUACUACACGUGAAAGGAUUUUAUAAAAAAGUUAUUUAUAUUUUUAUAUUAAACCAUUAAUCAUAUAGAAUAUUGCAGAACUGUAUUAACAGUCAUAUCAUAAUGUAAUUAUUUCCUUUAUAUAUAUGUCUAUGGCAGCCCCUUAAUUCUAAACAUUUUGUAAGUAUCUAUAUCCCAGUAAAAAAAUAUUGGCUGUCUAUAGGAUCCCAAUCAUAUUUUAUAUCGAUAACACGUAUUAGGGACUAGGUCUAUCCAAUUUAUUAUUUAAGUAUAUUAAUUUAAGUGUGUGCAUAUUAUGAGAUUUAAUUUUAAAAUAAUAUUAUGUUAAAAAUUAUGCUUAACUGGAACAGUUGAUUGUAAACAAUAAAUUGACUAUUUUAUAAUAGUAUUUUAUUUUAUUAACAGAUUUGCAAUAAGUAAUGACACUGUAAUAAAUUUAUAAAUAAAUAAUAAUGGCGCAUUCA